AGAUGUGUGGGGGAAAGGACCACGUUGCUACGUUCCUCGCGCGCCUCGAGAAGCGUGGCGUGGACCCGUCGUCGCUCGCUUGCCUCCCGACCUACCAGAAGCUCCUGCAGAAGAGGAGUGCCUCGGCCCUCAGUGUCCACGAGAGUAAUGGUGUGACAAACACGAAGAAGAGAGCCAACAAAGAGGGCCACCAGAGUGCCAACUGGGAGGGGGGCGAAGGCAAGAGCGCCCGGGCACGUGGGCCGUGGGUGGCACUGGUGCUCGGUAUUGUCAGUGCGAUCGUGGGCACGGUUUACCACUACGAACUGCAUACUCAAAAUGGAUUUACGAAAUUUUGGCUUCGCUGGGAGAACAUUGAUCUUCAUGCUGAACAGUGUACCAUCGACAUGCCGGCCAGUCUCCAGGACAUGUUUCGGCCGCCUGUGCAGUGUGACAUGUGCAGACAAGUGACUCAUGUCGAGCGCGUCCAUUCAGUCACACCUCAGCUUUUCGAGGAGAGGUACGCUUACACCGGCCGCCCUGUGGUCAUAACGGACGGGCAGAGGAACUGGUCGGCGCCGCACGUGUUCUCCUUCGAGUUCUUCAAGUCGAUCUACGCCGACGACUCCCCUGUUCUCGAGAACUUUGAACGCGACUGCCAGUUCUUCCCGUACCAGACCGAGUUCAAGAACCUCCGUCACGUGUUCAAUAUGACAGCAGAUAGAGUGAACAUGCGCGGGGAACCGUGGUAUAUUGGAUGGAGUAACUGCGACUCCUCCGCCGCGAACAUCCUGCGGGAUCACUACGAGCGGCCCUACUUCCUUCCCCAGGCCGCCGAGUCCUCCAAGACGGACUGGAUCUUCAUGGGCACUCCGGGAUACGGCGCCCACAUGCAUAUAGACCACGUGGGGAAUCCUUCUUGGCAGGCUCAGAUCCGCGGCAGGAAGCUGUGGACUCUGGAACCUCCCCCAGAAUGCUACUUCCAGUGUAUUCCUAUGGAGGUCGUGGUGGAGCCGGGAGAGAUAAUCGUUCUAGACACCAACAUCUGGUACCACAAGACGCUAAUCGUCUCCGAAGAGCUUAGUAUCACGAUUGGCUCCGAAUACGAUUAAAACCAAAAAGGAAUUUCGUGUGAUGGAGCUGUAAUACGUUGAGGAAGGGAGGACGAGGUGAGGAGAAGAAGGAAGGGAGGAUAGAAGUGAGGAGUAGGAGGAAGUAAGGAAGAGGAGACGAGAAGAAGGAAGGGAAGAAGAGGAGACGAGCAAAUGAAGGGAGGAAGACGAAAAGAAGAAAAGAAGAAGUAGAAGAGACGACAAUAGGAGGAAAGAAGUUUUUUUACGUAAAGAUGAUAUAUAAAGAGAUGGUAAAAAAAAGAAAAGAAAAAAAGAAAAACAAGAAAAAAAAAGAGAAAGUAAGGUUUACCAAGAAAGAAGGAGAGACAAGAAGCGAGAAAAGGAGAGUUCUGUGUGAUGGAGAAGAAUUAUACCAAGAAAUGAAACAGGUUGACGUAAGGAAAGAAGGAGGGGGUUUCCGUCGGUCAGAAUAUACGAGGAAACAAUAAGGAACCAGGUCAAGGGGUUUCAAAGGAAGGAGAGGGGCGGAGGAAUCUAGUCUGAGG